GAAGAACAUGAUUAAUUGGGAAAUAUCGGGGGCCGAAAAGUCUCCUGUCACGUCGUACAACACCAUAACAAUAUUGACACGGCCACCGAUGACUGGUCAUUUCCCUCACCCACGCCUACACCCCCCCUACACCCCCUAGUACACUGUUUGCCCGCCUGCAUCCUUCCCGUUAUUGCACUGCCGUUAGUGGCCCAUAUCCCGCGAAUCCCAACACCAACACCAGGCUCUACAUUUUUUAACGGAAACUAAACUUGCAUAUUCUCACCUCUUCGAUGUCCACAUCAUAACCUUGGCAGGCCAUCCAUCUCGAGGUCCUCGCACAACUCUAGGUAUCUCCAGCAUAUCGUCUUCGAAGAUGUCUUCCCCAGCAGCAGCAGCGGAGCGCAUCAGCGACGAUGCCACGAACAACACCAUCCCAGCCUCGGACGAGCCCAGGGACAAGGAAGCAGACACCCCCCCGGCCGCGAAGAAGUCCUGGAAGUUCUGGUCCGUCUUCUUCUCCCUGUGUCUGCUCAGUCUAUCGACCUCGAUCGAAUCGACGAUCGUGACGACCGCGCUGCCGAAGAUCGUCGACGACAUCGAUAUGGGCAGCAAGUACGUCUGGGUCGGCAACGCCUUCCUGCUCGCCUCCGCCGUCGUCCAGCCGUUUAUCGGACAGCUGGCGAACGUGUUUGGGCGGCGGUGGCCGCUGCUAAUCGUCACAGCGUGCUUCACGCUUGGCAGCGGUAUCGCGGGCGGUGCUACGAACGCUGGCAUGAUGAUCGGUGGACGCACUGUUCAGGGCCUAGGGUCUGGUGGUAUCUACGUCUUAAUCGAUAUCGUCGUCUCCGAUUUAGUCCCGCUGCAAGAGCGCGCACAGUACGUCGGCCUCGUCCUCGUCACCGGCGCCGUCGGAGCCACCAUCGGCCCCGUCCUCGGCGGCGCCAUUGCCGACGCCAACUGGCGCUGGGUGUUCUACCUCAUGCUCGUCACCGGCGGGCUUUCCCUCAUCUACCUAUUCUUCUUCGCGCACUUCAAGCACGAGGAGAAGCGGUGGAAACAGGCCCUCGCCGAGGUCGACUAUUUCGGGGCCGUUGUAUUCAUCGGCUCCGUCACGUCUCUUCUUCUGGGCUUGGUUAUGGGCGGAGUGGUGUUCCCCUGGAACUCGGCGAAUGUAAUCGUGCCGAUUGUUAUUGGCGCCGUCGGCUGGGCUGCUUUCCAUGUGUACGAGGCGACUAGUUUCUGUAAGAACCCGAUGGUCCCGCCGCACCUGUUCAUGAACCGCACGGCGGCCGCGGGAUUCGUUCUGGCUUUCGAUGCUGCACUGCUUCUCUACUAUGUUGUGUGGUUUCUUCCGAUUUAUUUCCAGGGGGUUCGUGGGGACACGCCCCUGCAGUCUGGUGUUCACCAGCUUCCUUUUAACAUAGUCCUCAUCCCAGCGGCUAUGAUCGGUGGUGGCAUGGUCACUAAGUUGGGGAAAUACCUGCCGUUUCAAUAUAUCGCGUUUGGCAUGAUGGCGAUCGGGGCGGGGUUAUUUACGUUGCUGAAAGCGAGCUCGUCGACUGUUGCUUGGGCGUGGUUUGAGAUUAUCGCUUCGAUCGGGAUGGGCAUGGCUACAACGACUAUCUUACCCGCUAUCCAGGCGUCCCUUACAGACGCUGAUGUUGCUUCGAUGACGUCCAUGUAUGCGUUUUUGCGCAGUUUUGGCGGUAUUUGGGGUGUUACUAUCCCCUCUGUUAUCUUCAACAGCCAAGUCAACAACUUCCUAGAUCGAAUCAGCGACCCCAACGUCCGGAAUCAGCUUGCAGACGGAAAUGCCUACGGAUACGCUUCCACGGGGGCCACGGCAAGUCUUCCGGAAGACGUCAGGAACGAGGUUCUGGGUGUUUAUACCGACGCCCUGAAAACUGUCUGGCAGAUUGCCGUUGCCUUCUCCUUGGCUGGUUUCGUGGUUGUCUUUGCGGUUAAGCAGUUGGAUAUGUCUAGGCAGAACGACACCAAGUUCGGUUUGGAGGAAGACAGGCCGAAAAAAGUCACUGAGAUGGAAAAGGGUGAGAAGAGUGAGGGGAGCGCAACGAUUAUACCGUCGAGCGAAGUCGAGGAGUCAUAACAUGACAGUAAAGGUGAACUGUGAUUAAAAGAAGUUGAUGGACCCCGGGGUACCUACAUAUCGGGAAUGGCCACUGUAUGGGCUAUAGGAGUUUAUCAUUUAUGGGCUGAGAUUCAUGUAUACCUAGCUAGUAUAGACUAUGUCUUUGGAUAUCCAAUUUAGUAAAUUGUUAAUUAUAUUGUUUUUAAUGUA